UCCAGAGUGAGCGUGAAGAAAGACGGCUUCUCGUGGACAACAGUGACAUCUUCUUGAAUCUUUCAUUCACCUUGUGGUACAGAGAUCCAUGGCUCCUACAAUCACUGCAGCGAGGACCAAUUCUCAGGAGCAUCUGACUCUGACCCACAAGAUCAGGAAGCCUCUGGUGGAGAAGUUACGCAGAGAGAGAAUCAACAGCAGCAUUGAGCAGCUCAAGUCUCUCCUGGAUCCAGAGUUCCUCAAACAGCAGCCAGACUCCAAGCUGGAGAAAGCAGACAUCCUGGAGAUGACCGUGUGUGUCCUGAGGCGACUGCAGCAGCAGAAUCAAGCUGUGGACUCUGCAGCUGUUGGUCAGGGCUACUCCAGAUGUGUCCAAGAGGUGAACCACUUCCUGUCCAGGGAGCAGGGGAAGACCCCGUCCAAGAGAAGACUGAUGCACCACUUCAACAAGCUGCAGUCUUCCUCCGAGAAGAACCGGAGAGAGGCGGACUUCUCUCCUCUGAGCUCCACAGUCCAGACCAGCAUCAGCAAAGAGAAGAGUGCAGUCAACAGCGCCCCCUGGAGGCCGUGGUAGACACCUACAGCCUGGAGCUACGAAGACCAACUGAGAUGACCUCACUGGUCAAAGAUUACUGGAAGGGAAUUCUUCUGAAUUCUGAAAUGUGAUGAACUUGUUCUUCUGUUUCUACAGGAGGUUGUUUUUUGUUUCUGCUUUCUUGGUGGAAGUUGACAUUUCCUGAGGAAAUAACAUCAACUUUAUCUUUCAAGUUAUGAAGAGAACUUCUUGUCAUGCAUGUUGCAUGAACCAAAUCUGAUUGCAUCAGCAAUUAUUACGAUCCAUCCCUGUACUUCAUGUACUGGUGGAGUGGUCAAAGCUACAGAUACCAUUAGUAUCUUUUUAUUGAUCAUUUUGAUCAGAAACUUUAACUAUUCUUUUGACACGUGUUAAAGGACUUUAAUCUCUCUGAUUACUCCAAACUGAUCUGUUGUUAGAUCCAGAUGUUUAUCCUUUUGCUCUAAAAGAUUUAUUAUUGUCACAAUGUUCCUGUGAUACUUUUAUUCCUGACAUGUCAUGUGUUGGUACAAUAUUAUGCAUUGGUGAUUUUUGUUACCUCUAUAUUAAUAUUGAUUAUUUUUUCCUUUUCAUUGAAAAUGAUGAUAUUUGUUUCCUCUUGAACAACAUUGAUCAUUUUGAUCCAAAAUGUUAAUUGUCCUUUAUAAUGUACAUUUGGUCAAAAUGGAUUUUUCCUCACAUGAUGUGAUUAUUGAAAAAUGAUCUGUUUUAAGAUCAAUAUGUUUAUCCUUUAUUGUAAAAGGUUUGUUUAACGUCACACUGUCACAGUUUUCCAGUGACAAAGAGAAUUUAACGUGUUGGGAUUCAAUUGAAUUCAUUGUUUACUGAGGAUAAUGUGACCUGUUGUAAGGUCUCUUUGUUCUAUUUGUAUUGUUCACUACGUGAAAAUGUUUAAAUCCAUUUGUAAAAGUCUUGUUUCAGGACAGUGAGGACUGUGUCCUCUAGUACUGCAGAUGGUUUGUCUUUUGUAAAGACAGUUGUUCCUUUACUCUCUGAGUACACUGUGUCUUGUAGAGAUCUACAAGUUGUUGUUGUGAUGAAUCAUCACCUCGAGUGGAAGUUUCAUACUUCAUGAGGCUCAUUGUGACUUGUUGAAUAAACAAACACUUCUAACUGAAAAUGA